UGCGCGGAACACAUAUUUUUUAAGCAUGCAACGUGAUUAAAAUUGAGGUUUCUUGUUUAUGAGAAGAAAACCAACGUGUUUUACAUAGAAAUGGCCCUUCGCAAAGGUACCAUAACUGAAAUACCACCUGGUGCUGUUAGAUUGACGCCAGAAGAAGCUGUACUAUAUCAGUUUGAUGCGGUUAAGAAGUGGAAACCUCAGUCCGAAAUGUGGCCUUUGAUGUAUGGCUCUCUUGGCGUGGGCGUAACCAACUCUCUCUCUGGCGUCUUUAUCAAUGAAUGUUUUAGGAGACAAUGUUUACUGCCAAAAUCUGCCCUUUUCCUGAUUGGUAUGCCUAUCAUUACAGUUUCGUCUCUUGCUGUCACAUUUCUUCAUCAUAAGUAUGUAACUUCAGAUUUGCUGCUAAUGAAUAGUCCUUGUAUGCCCUGUGUACAAGGCAGGACAGUCCUACUCGUUGGUUUACUUGGAACACUUUACCCCUUAAUUGGAUCUUCUUUUGGGAGCAUGUUGCAAGCACAGAGGAUGGACACCAUUUACUUACCUUCAUUGGGAAAAGAAACAAAGAAAUUUUUCCAAACUUGGCAGCAGAUGGUGCAAAAAAAUAAUAAUUUUCUCACCAAAGUUCUUGCGGUGAAUGUGAUUGUGGCUGUCAUCGUCGCACAUUUACAGCUGAAAGCCUUCUAUCGGUUUAACCAACAAGAUCAUUGAAAUUUUUUGGCUAGUCAGAGUAAUACAUUUUCCUAGAUACAUUA